AUGCCUGCCGGAAGCUACAAGUGCGUGACAGAUUCUAUAACCAAUUAUUGUGGAGCUGAUUUUCAGUCUUGUAAGAAACCUGGAUUUUCCAAUUCAAUGAUGAAUUCAAGUUCAAGAAUGUCAACUUCUUCAACUUCUAGGUCAAACCUAGCCAGGCCCAUCAAUGCCAAGUCAGAGUCAUGCUUGCAGUAUAAAAGGGGCCAUUGCGAUUAUGGGGCCGACUGCAUUUUUAGCCAUGACAUGCCUGAGGACCAGUAUAGAUUGAUGAAUAGAGCAAGAUUGUGUAGGUUUUUUAUGAAUGGGAAAAAUUGCCCUUAUGGUAACAGGUGCCAUUUUCUUCAUCAGAACGUUAAACAUGUCAAGGGAGGGUCAGGUGUGGCUAGGGAGAAGGCUGCUGUUACGGUCGUGAAGUCUGGGCCUGAAGAAGGUGUACGAAAAGAGAGCGAUCGAUUGGCUUGCAAGAGAAAGGCUGUCUUGUGGAAGACAAGGCCUUGUAACAAUUGGGAUAGAAAUGGUAGCUGCCCCUAUGGUGUGAGGUGCCAAUAUGCUCAUGGAGAACGAGAACUCGGCAAGCCAAGUUCCUUUUGUCCACUGGAAUCUGGAAAAUCUUUCAUAGUAGAAAAUCUUGCUUUUGAUAGGGAGGAUGCAGCAUCAACUGGGAAGGCAAUCAGAACUGACUGUACGCAGCAGGAGAAGAGCAAGAGCAAGAGCUUUUUUGUCAAGCGGGACAAAGUCAAGAAGAUUAGCGGCAUCUAUGCUGAUUGGAUUGAAAUUACAUUACCUCAGAAUUUGCAGAUAGUUUUUGUGAGAGCUCUGCAGUUAGUUGACUUCAAAGCAGUUAUACUGGCAACAAAAAAUAGUCUUCUGAGGGAGCUUGCAGGAAUUAUUUGCUUACCUCGUGCUGUCGUGCAGGAGUUUUUUCAAAUGUGGAUGACUGGAUCCUGCCUGCUAGAACAUGCAGAUCCCUGA